AUGAUAAAAUCAAUUUUAUCAUUACAAAAUUUUAAAUUUAUAAAACCUUGUACAAAUUCAUCAAUUUUAAAAUAUAAUAAUAAUAAUAAUACUAAUAAUAAUAAUAAUAAUAAUGGUAUAAAUAAAUAUAAUAGUACAUUUAAUAAUAAUAAUUCAAAUUUUUCAAAUAAAAAUUUAUUUUCAUCAAAACAAUAUCAACAACAAUCUAUUUGUAAUAUACCAAUUUUAUCUACAAUUUCAUAUCAUAAUAAAAAUAAUACAAAUAUAAAUACUAUUAUUAAUAAUAAUAAUAGUAGUAAUAAUAAUUUAAUUAAUUUAAAUGAUAAAUUUAAUAAUUUAAAUAAUAAAACAUCACCAAUAAUAUUUAAUAAAAAUUAUUCAACAACUGUAUCAACAUUACUAGAUGAUAAUAAUAGUAAUAGUAAUAAUAACAACAAUAGUAAUAAUAAUAAACCAAGUACAACAUUUGUAAAUGAUUGGAUUAGUAAAUUUCCAAAUUCAGUUCAACCUUAUCUUAGAUUGAGUAGAGUUGAUAAACCAAUUGGAGUUUGGUUAUUAUUAUAUCCAUGUUGUUGGAGUAUUUCAUUGGCAGCACCUGCCGGAUCAUUUCCAGAUUUAAAAACAAUGUUGGUAUUUGGUAUUGGUGCAUAUGUAAUGAGAAGUGCUGGUUGUGUUAUAAAUGAUAUGGCUGAUUAUAAAUUUGAUUCAAAAGUUGAACGUACAAAAACUAGACCAAUAGCUUCAAAACAAUUAACUCAUAAACAAAGUUUAAUAUUUUUAGGUGGUCAAUUAUUAGCUUCUUUUGGUUUAAUUUUAUCAAGUUUAAAUUAUUAUACUAUUGCAUUAUGUGCAUCAUCAUUACCAAUUGUGGUAUUGUAUCCAUUUAUGAAAAGAUUUACAUAUUAUCCACAAUUUGUAUUAGGAUUAGCAUUUAAUUGGGGAGCAUUGGCUGGAUAUUCAGCGAUUGCAGGAUCAUGUAAUUGGUCAAUCGUUGCACCAUUAUAUUUGGCAGGUAUUAGUUGGACGAUGGUUUAUGAUACAAUCUAUGCACAUCAAGAUAAAAGGGAUGAUAUUUUAGUUGGUGUUAAAUCUACUGCAUUGAAAUUUGCAGAAAAGAGUCGUAUUAUUUUAUCAGUUUUCUCUGGUCUAGUUAUAUCUGGUAUGUUUUUAACUGGUAUCGCUGCAAAUAUGCCAUUGUUUUAUUAUUUGGGUACUGCUGCUUGUAGUAGUCAUUUAAUUUGGCAAUUGAAAACUGUAGAUUUCAAUAAUCCUUCCUCUUGUCUUGAAAAAUUCAUUUCCAAUAAGAAUUUCGGUCUUUAUUUCCUUUUAAUCAUUAUAGUUUCAAAAUUAUUACAAGAUAAAGAAAAUGAAAAUGAAAUUCAAAAAAAAUAA